AUGACCGCAAAGGAGGCACAUGCCAGCUUAAAAAUUCAGAAAGUGAUCUGCGGAGCAAAGGGGUUGGAUGUGACCGAACUUAUUCACAGGCUUACUACCCGUGAUGCAAUUUUCUCAGUUGACAACGCCAAACGUCUUGCUGAGCUCAAGUGGCAAUGUGGCUAUAUCAUCAAACGCCGGAAUGCCGAUUUCUAA